AUGCAGUCUGCAUUUCUAUUGCUCUGGGCUGCCACUCUCUCGAGUGCUAAGCUUUUUGUGAAUUACGAUGAGAAGCUGGAAGGUCGUCCCAAAGUAUACACGGUGGUGAAGGAAGAAAUUGGGCGACUGGACGUUCCAUCAAAAUCGAGUCAUAAGAACAAUGAUAGCAAGGUUCCGCUUGGUAUUGACUUGAAGCCCCGAGAAGCUCUCGACAUCUUGCUCGGCAAGCGCCAAACUUGUGCUCAAGGCUACGGAUAUUGUCCCACCUUUGCUGCUCUUACGGAUAUUGCCAUACUCAGGGAUCCGCGUGCUGUCCGACUGGCCCAUGUGGCCAAGGCCAAACCUGCUGCGGCGUCGCCCACUGCAUGCCCACCGGGGAUCAAUGCUGCGAAGACGAAUCUCAUUACCUACUACUGGACGGUUACUUGGUACUAUUGGUAUUAUUAUUGGACGUACUCAAUCGACAUUCAAGCAUCCGUCGUUACCUCCACACGUUCAACCACUCAAACUGUCUUCAGUGUAAAGACAACAGAUGCAGGCGCCGCUUCCGAGUACUUUAGCGAAAAGUCAAGAACACUGUCUCUUCCUACGCCCGCUGCCGCCACUACCCUCGAAUCUUUGGCUGGGAGCACAUCAUUCGUAUCCACGCCAUCGUCAAAGGCUCCAAUCCCUAGCCCGAGUUUAAACACGGAACCCUCUAGCGAGCCGAGCAUAACUGAAAAACCCAGUGCUCCUUUUGACCCCAUCCCCAGCUCAGGCGGGCCUGACGAUAACGAAAGUAGCAGCUCAAGCGAGAGUCGUAGCAGCUCGACUACUACUCUGCUAAGAAGUGGCGGUGAUGAUGGUGGUACCCCUCCGAAGAAUGGAGGCAGUGGUUCUUCAGGCGCAAAGCCACUAUGGGCUGGCUCAGACUGGAAGAGCCUCUGGGUUCUUGCGCUGGGCGUUGGUACUGGGGUGCUGGCUGCGGUUCUUUAA